CAAAUAUAAUCAAUUGCUCCAAUGCCAAUGGAUCUGGAUAGCGGUCCACCGGCUAAAAGAACAGCUGGAUCCCCUUUGUCUCUCCCGGUGGAUUCUGUCAAACGGGUUGCCCGCACCAGGGACAAUGAUCAAGGCCCAAAGCUCGGCAACCUGCCAGAAGAGCUUCUAGAACAUAUCAUUUCGUAUAUGGGAUGCUGGGAAGUACGAGGCCUAGUGCGCGUGUCACGCAAGUUUCAGCGGCUUGCUACCCCACGUUUACACUUGCCGGGCCCACAGCUCGACGACCUUCCGGACGACCUUCUGGAAAAAAUCAUCGCAGAGAUAAGACAUCAGGAUGUGCUUCACCUGGUGUACGUGUCGAGCCAGUUUCGGCGGCUUGCUGAGAAACGAUUAUACUCCUCUUGCUCAUUUGCCAACGACGGUAGCCCGGAAAGCCCAAAUGAAGAUUACGAGGAAUGGCGCCGCCUAUGCAACCUAAUCCGUACGCUCGUUGAGCGACCAGACGUUGCGGCAUACAUGCACACAGUUGAAUUCGAUCAUAUUGAGUGGAGAGAUGAAGUAUGGGGAGGGGAUGAUACGUGGGGGAGGGAUCUGAGCGAGGAGUUGUGGGCAAAGGCUCGGGACCAAAUUGAUAUCGACGAGGCUUACAAGGAAACUAUACUCUCACGCCAACGUCCGGAGAACCUAACGAGCGCCGCGACGACGCUGUUAUUGUGUCUCCUGCCAAAUCUGGAAAGGCUUAGUUUUGAGGCGCCGAUGUUUCACGAGUCGGACAGUUCGCGCGUCUGGCGAAAGAAAAAUAACGAGGAGGAAAAAUACGACCAUCCCCUUACGAAUUUGAUGAAAGUCGUUUCUAAUCAUCCAUCGUGGCCCCGAAUAGAGGUAAACCGUUUAGCUGCGGAAACAGCCGGAUCUAGGAUACCACUUGCAAAACUACGUGAACUUGUAUUCACGCUAUACGAUGGCGAGACCGAGAUGAACAAUAAUUGUCUCGCCUUCUCCGCUGGUAUUCCCUCUCUACGUGAAGUACGUACAUUCUGGAUGAGCAGUGGUAGUGCCGAAUGGCCGUCCACGCGCACUGUUAAUAUCGAACAAGCCACCUUUCUCGCCCACGAACCCGACAUGAGAGAGAUGCUUGGGUUCUUCAAGGCUUGUAAGGCUCUCAAGUCGCUCGCCAUGGAAUACCGCCAUCCAAUCUUCGACUCACCCGAGAAUGCCGCCAUGCUGCGAGAAGCUAUUUCACUACACACAGAGUCUCUUGAAAGUCUCCUUAUCGAUGAACAAGACGACUAUGGAACACCUCAAACUAAAGAAACACACGUAAUUGGCAGCUUGAAGGCGUUCCGUCGUUUGAAGGCUCUGUCCGUUCCAGGCCAGCUUUUGACCGGUUUAAGCUGUAACCCAGAGGCACACAACAAUGGUGCCGCUCUGAUUGACACUUUACCAACGUCCCUCGAGGUUCUAACUAUCAACGGUAGCGUCAAAGGGGACACAGCGCUAGAGGAAUUCCUCGCCAGCCUCGCCAACCCCAGCAGCGGGGGACGGGUCACGUUACCAAACCUCCGACAAGUUGAAAUGCGCCCGCGUAUAGACCAUUGGGCUCAGCGUGAAAAAUGCGAUAAUAUAACGUACCUCUAUGUCCCGGGACAGCUGCUUGAGCAACUUCGCCCUGUAUUUGCGAGUUGGGGUGUCCGGCUUCUGGGGCCGGAAGGCGCAAUUGAGGACAAAAAUUUCCUCGGUGGUAGUGGUGAAAAUGGGGAAUUAUACUCUUAUUUUCCGCGGACGAAACUUACUGGCUAAGGGCCUAGAAGAGUACUUUUCUCCUUAACUUAGACUGAAAGAGUCUGAGGUUAUGGUAGAAAGCUUUCCUAUUGUUCGGGACUCAGGUCUUUCCUUUAUAGAAUAUAAGUUAGGUAAUAUUCGUUGAGCGAGCACAUAGCUAUGACAUUUUCUUGUUUAUAUAAAGUUAAUCUUUUACAAUAUAACCGCGUACUGGUC